AUGAAACAACUUAUUGAGAACCAGGACGAUGAGAAAGACAGAAGCCCAAUUAAGGUAGAUCCCAUCCCUCUUGACCUAGAGGAGGCUAUACUCAGUAGAUUGCCUGCCAAGUCUCUUAUGAAGUUUCUAUGCGUGUCAAAGACGUGGUCUUCCAUCAUCCGAAACCAAAGGUUCGUCAAUUCUUACUACGCGAUGUCCUCCACGAUCCGAUCAUCGCGGUUUAUAAUCGCUUUCUGCUGCGGUUCACAAGCCAAGUUUGAUGACUGGCGUUUGUUCGUCUUCUCGUCUUCCUACGAAGAUGAGAAAUCUUCUUCUUUGGCAACCACUCUCCAUAUGACAAUACCUUCAGUGUCUAGCGCCUCCGGCUGUCUUUCUGUCCAUGGCUUAAUCGGUUGUACUAUUGGUGGUCCGUUCAUUGUCUGUAACCCCAGCACCAACAAAUACACUAUCCUACCAUGUGCCGGGCCACGCACAUUCUUGGGAUACGAUCCUGUUGGAGAUCAAUUCAAAGCAUUGACCAUGGUGUCUUAUCCUCCUCCUCCUCAGCCUCAGGAUUUUCUAGUGUACGAGGUUUUAACACUUGGAGGAGGAGAAUCUUCAUGGACAUGCAAUACGUUCACCAGCCUGCCUCAUUUCACUGUUACCAACUCAAUAUGUAUCAAUGGUUUUGUGUAUUAUGCUGCUUGGACCCCAACCCGAACUACAAAUCCGGUGAUUGUGUGUUUUGAUGUUAGAUAUGAGAGGCUGAGCUUUAUCAAAGCGCCUAUGCCUGUUGUUUGCUGGGAGGGUGAAUCUAUUCUCAUAGAAUACAAAGGGAAGCUAGCUUCCAUUGCAAGACACCCUCAUGCUGAUUUCCAUAGUUUUGAUUUAUGGAUACUAGAAGAUGCGACGAGACAUGAUUGGUCCCAGCAAACAUUUGAGCUUCCUUUCUCUUUGGGGAUGGGUAGGAAUAUCACUUCCCCGGGCACUAACAAAGCUGUGUACGAGGUUUUAACACUUGGAGGAGGAGAAUCUUCAUGGACAUGCAAUACGUUCACCAGCCCGCCUCAUUUCACUGUUACCAACUCAAUAUGUAUCAAUGGUUUUGUGUAUUAUGCUGCUUGGACCCCAACCCGAACUACAAAUCCGGUGAUUGUGUGUUUUUAUGUUAGAUAUGAGAGGCUGAGCUUUAUCAAAGCGCCAAUGGCUGUAGUUUGCUGGGAGGGUGAAUCUAUUCUCAUAGAAUACAGAGGCAAGUUAGCUUCAAUUGCAAGACACCCUCAUGCUGAUUUCCGUAGUUUUGAUUUAUGGAUACUAGAAGAUGCGACGACGCAUGAUUGGUCCCAGCAAACAUUUGAGCUUCCUUUCUCUUUGGGGAUGGGUAGGAAUAUCACUUCCCCGGGCACGAACAAAGCUGGUGAAAUCAUUUUUGCCCCAAAACGCCUCUCAUAUGAUGCUCAACCAUACUACAUUUUUUACUACAAUGUUGAUAGAAAAGACAUGAGAAGAGUUAGGCUACUAGGAAUUGCUGACGAUGAAGAGUUUAGGCGCCGUUACAGGAUCGCAGGGCAAUGUUACGUCUCCAUCUCACCCGAACACGUCGAAACUAUUGCCUCUCUAUGA